AUGAUAAGUGUCAGAGGCAUCCUUAUUGUGAUGUUGAGGAGUGCAUUCGUCGUCGCUUUUCUCAGCAUCCCAAAUCCUGUCGUCGCCUUCGCAGGACUGAAGAACUGGUCCAAAAAGGCGCUAUACAAUAAGAUCGACCUCUGUACACAGUCCUGUUACAGCCAGAUCAUCCCAGGCCUCUAUUUGAGCAAUGCAAGGGCUGCCUGCGACAGAAAUGUGCUCGAUCAUCUUAACAUCACCCAUGUGCUCACAGUUGAAACCCGAAGGCUACCGAAGUCAACUUUCAUCGAUAGCAACAUCAGUACACUCUUCAUUAGGGCCUACGACACUCCUUCCACCAAUCUCCUGCCCUACUUUCCAAUGGCCAACGCCUUUAUCGAGGAGGGUGUGCAGAAAGGAAAUGUGCUUGUCCACUGCCAUUUUGGAGUUUCCAGAUCCGCCACCCUCGUCAUUGCUUACAUCAUGGCGAGGUAUAAAUUGACGUUUGAACAAGCAUAUGCAUUUGUAAAACAGAGAAGGAAAUUCAUUAAUCCGAAUCCAGGUUUUGUAAACCAGUUAAAACAAUAUCACAGGAUGAACUACGAUGUCAAAGGGUAUCAAAGGUUUGAAGCAUAUAUGAACGUGAAUGCAAGAAAACAUAAAUAUAAGAUCGCGUCGCUAGCUGCUAUAGUUGUUGGAAUUCUCGUACCUCUUGCUGUUUUAAUUUGAAUGUAAGAUGCAACUACUACUAAACAUGCUAAAUAACUGUUUUUAAUGGUAAAUAAAUCAUUUUAUUUAUGAA